AAGUUUGUAACGUUUAAUAAAAUCUGUGCCGAGAAUACGUGUUUUCACAUUCGCAAUUAGAAAUGUCGACGCAAAAUCAGGGUGUAGACCGUAAUCAAUUCUCAAUCGACUCAGCAUACAUAUUUAUCACUGCAUCUACCCCUAUUCACAACGAAAAAAUAUCCGUUUUUUGCUCAGCGACAGAAAAUCACUGCCUGAAAACUUCUUAUACCGCAAAAUAUCUCAAUUCAUUUGCGAGUUUACAGCGUCUGUUACAUAGUAGCGGUUCAUAGCGUUCGCAUUGCUAGGUCUAUACACACACGGCUAUUAGAACUUUUAUGCGUGUUCACCUAACAGCUCAUAGUAACAACAAAUCGCAUCACUUCGCAAAAUCCUCACGAACAUGUCGUUCAUCUAUUCUAGCUGAUGCAACAGACGCGGGUUAUCAAAUCCGAAUUGUCGCGACCGUUCAGUAGAUUCUGCACUCGCGACAACGGCAAUCGCACAGGAUGAAGAGCUAAUACAAAUGAUUACUGUAUUGCGGGUAGAUCAGUCUUGCAAAAGAAAUCAAUUCCAAAGUUACAGUCACAAUCCUUCAACUUCCAUAUUUAUCGAAAAAUAUAUCAUUCCACGCUGUGUGUAAAAUUUGUGAGUGCAAACGAAUAGUGGUGAAGUAAUAAUUAUGUCAAGCAGCAAACGAGUUGUUCUAACUAUGCAACAACGUUUGGACAUUUUAGAAGAUUUGAAAACAUUUUCUAUUGCAAGUGCCGCGAAAAAACAUAAAGUGCAUUACACCACCAUUCGACGCAUAUUAGAAAGAGCUCCAGAAAUUUUAAAAUUCGCGGAAAAAGAUAAGAAGGAGAAACGUCGACAAAAAAUAAGAAAACCAUUGUACGAGGAAUUGGAACAACAACUGCUUAUAUGGUACACAGAAAGGAGAGCUACAGGCAACUUCGUAUCCGAUGCGCUGUUUCUAGAAAAGGCAGUUGAAUUAAAGGAACAAAUAGGAACGAGUACACAUUUUAAAGCCAGUGCAGGGUGGCUUGCAAAGUUUAAAAGACGCCACGGAAUAAGACUAGUCCACGUGUACGGAGAACAAGCCAGUGCCGAUAAAAAUGCAGCUAACAAAUUCAUAAGUUAUUUCAGGAAAUUCUUGAACGAACAAAAUAUUGAUUUAGACAAUGUAUAUAACAUGGACGAUAGUAAACUAUUGUGGAAGGCAUUGCCAGCGAAAAUCUUUGUGGGAAAAAAUGAAAUGUGCGCAAGCGGACAAAAAAUGAGAAACGAAAGAAUAACUGUGAGGUUUUGUACAAACGUAACUGGGAUGCACAAAAUGAUGCCCCUUGUUAUCAAUAAAUACAAAAACCCACGAACGUUGCAAAAUAUUGAACUGCCAAUCAUUUUUAAAAAUGAGCCAAAUGCACAGACAGACCCAUCAUUGUUUGUUGAUUGGUUUGAAAAUUAUUUUAAGAAAGCAGUGCGGACAUUUCAACUACAGAAAGGAUUGCAUGGUAAAAUUGUAUUACUAAUUGAUAAUUGUUCAAAUUAUAUAUUUCCACCAACCUACACACACGACGAUUAUUUUCAAAUAAUAUAUUUACCGCCGAAUACAAAAGCCUUGAUUCAGCCAAUGGUUCAAGGAAUAAUAGAAAAAACUAAAAGAUGUUUCCGACAUAAAUUAAUGCAGUACGUAAUUCGAAAUGAAAAUGGAAUCCAAGAUUUUGAUAAGAAAUACACAAUCAAGGAUUGUAUCAAAAUAAUUAAUGACGCGUGGAAUGAAAUAACGCAAAACGAUAUAAAAAAUGCGUGGAAAAAAAUUAUUGCACCACAUCAAAUGGAAAUUGAAAUAGCAGCAGAAGAAGAGGAAAAAGGAGACAUCAUAUCAGAAAUGCGACAAAUUUGCACGCAUUUCUCUGAACAAAAUAUAACAAUAAAAGAUAUUGUGGACUAUUUAUCUACGUGUACGGCAGAGGAAAAUACAUAUUCAAAAAACGAUGAAGAAACUAUCGAAGAGAGGAGCCAGGACGAACACGAAAGUAUGGAGAUAGAAAUAAAUGAACACAUAAAACAGGAAAGGGACAAAGAACAUAAUGAAGAAGGGGAUGAACACGAAGAACGAUUUCAUGAAGUUGAAUUUACGCAAGAAGAGAGAAAAAGAAUAGAGAAUGCGUUUGAAUGUUUGGAAGAAUUUAAAAAUCGUUAUUCCCUUUCAACACAAUUCAUUUUAAAAGGGCUAAAAUUAUCAAUUUUAGGUAACGUUCAACAAUAAAUUCGUGAUGAAUACUAUGCAUUGAGAGAAAAAAGAAGCGUAUUCAUAUAACAGUUAACGAUUUAUACAUACCUCGACA